AAUAUCCCCACCCAACACAAACGCUUCCCUCUCCUUCUCCUCCCUCCCUCAGCCCUCAACAAUUACCCAAAUCUCUGGAAUUGGUAGUCAAAGGUGAUCUCCUCUCCCUCCUGAAUGUCCCUCACUGUGAAGAAUCCAAUCCUCAGUUUCCCCUGCACUGUCCACUACACACACAUCGACAAUAAGGAGACACAGCGAGAUCGAGGAGAAGUCUCAGAAACAAAAGAGGAGCCAGGGUUACCAGUUUGGGUCACAGCUGUGGUUAAUGAACCUCGAGUUAUUCCCCUUCUGAGUGGCAUCCAAGAUCUGUGGACAACGUACGCCACAUUAUGAGAGGACUUACUGUGGUUGCAAACCAAUAAGAGCAACACAGUGACUGUGAAAUCAUGAGUUUCACUGACAACUCUGCCUGCCAGUAAUACAGCUACAUGUAUGCCAUGUAAGUGUACAUGUGUCAACUACAAUGUCUCAAGGAAAAGGCAAACCAACGACACCCACCCUAGGUGGGAUUCAAACCCACGUCACUCAGCACUCUAGGUAAGCAUUCUACCAGCUGCAGCUACGUACUAGAGGAACUCAGCUGGUAUGGGUUCAAAUCUACAGCACAAGACACUGCAUGGGUACUGUACCUCGUCACUGCGGAGAGACAUGAAAUAGUAGUGUCUUCUCUUCUCGAUGGUGUACUGCUUUUUCCUCUCCUCAAACUCGACCGGUGAUAUCACCUCCCCACAGUACUCCAUCACAAACGUCCCUCUGGGAAACAAUGAUUGUCACAUAAUCCACUUCCUUACAACAAUACAUCAAAGGAGUUAAAUAUAAUAUGGACUUCAAAAACAACAAUACUCCAUCACAAAAGUCCCUCUGCAACAGAGAUAAAAAUGUCGCUUUCACCACUUCCACUGUUCCACUGAUAACGUGAGCAAGAGACCAUUUAUAUUUUACUUGUACCGUUUCCAUACUAAGCCUACUCUAUCCCGGACGUCAGCCAUCUUUGGUUCGACUUCACCUGACAGUACCAGAGACUAGAGACGUGAGAAGAGGCUCCACUGCUCACCGACUACGGGCACGCCGCCGCAAGACUAGAGACCCAAGGAAUGCAACUUUAAUAUGGGUCUCAACACUCAAGAACACAAGCUCAAUAUGAGUGUUAUAUCAACUUCCUGUGAGA